AUGGCAUUCAGUUAUUCUGGCAUCCAGAACCCCCGCCGCCUGGAGUGUCAUCUUCAUGCCCCUUGGGGUCUCUGCUUCAACGAUCUCAUUGAGGACCUCGGCCCCGAGACUUUCGUCAUUGCACAACACAAGCUGGCCCCUUUCAACCGCCUUUCUAUUCAGGCAUGGCGUAAGAAGAAGGAAGAAGAGAAGCUAGCAAUCAAGAUGUUCGAAAAACAGCGAAACGUCAACAGGCUUGGGAAGCAGAGAGACGUGCCUCUCCCUUCUACGCCUUCAGAGUCUGGAUCACGCUUCCCUCCUGUACCGGAGGUGGAUGCCGGUGAGACAUCGGAGGAUGACGAGGGAGCUGGGGAAGACGAGGGAGCUGACGAGGCUGACGAGGACGAGGAAGGUGAGGACGAGGACGAUACGAACAUUCUCGCGGAGCUCUCGUUUGAGACUCUCCCAGACAAGAGGGCGGAAGAAAAGUCCCCCGACUUCUCCAUCUACAAAGCGCUCAAGUUUCGCAACCGACAUACGGGCGAAAUCAUCACCGCCAGAGAAUUUCCCAAGAAUCCCGCAGAUUGGGAUUCCGUACGCGUCGUGCUCUCCAGGAUUCGUCUCCUAGCGGAGCUGAAGCCCGCACCUUCGCGCCAUUCCGAGAACGAAGAAGAUUUUCAAUUUGGACUUGAGACAGCCAUCGGUAAAGCAAGUCAUCAGGCGGUUGUGCAAGCAAGAUGUGCAUUCGAAGCUGAUGAAAGACUUGAAGCUCUCGUUGCCGUUGCUGUCUCGGGCGAGUGGUGGGCAUGGAAGGUGUUUAAGAGAGAAGAAGUGAUGCCCACAGAUGCGGAAGCUGACGAAACGCCCUCGAUGACCUUGUCUCCCCACCCGCAAGACCGGGCUCCGAGUAGUACUGGCAGAGACCUAGAAGACCCCCUGCCCGAACAGGCCACCGCAUCCAUUCAGUCUACCUCAGGUCUCAGACGCUCUGAGCGCAACUUGCUCCAUGGCGGCGCGGGACUCCGUGCCCCCCCGUACACCGAGUUCGAUUCCAGUGAGGAAACUGAUGAUGAGACUCAGAAAGUUCCUGUUCGGCUCCCGAUGUCCAGGAAGGGCAAGGAGCCGGAAGAUCAUGCAGCACAAGAUGCCAAAGCACGUACUGUCUUUCAUAAAGCCAAGCCUGGUCAUUCCGACGAAGCAAAGGACACUAUUUUCGACGCAAUUCCGACCCCUGGCGAAUGGACGAACAACAUGCGUCUUAGCACGCCAGUGUCCAACCAGGCCUUCUCUAUCCUGCACUACUUUAUUGAACACGGUCGACUACCCUCGAGGGAACAGACGCACCCAGAAGACAGUUCCAACCCAGGCCCACCAGGAAGCACCGGAGCCUCACUUAAACGCUCGUCUGAGUGGCCCUCUCUUGACGAUGAACAAGCCCAGAAGAAGCAAAGGCUGGACUUGAGUGAGGAGGAUGAAGAUAUGACAAGUGACGGCUGUAUGACUCCCCCCAAUUUGGAGGAUUAA